CUCUCUCUCUCUCUCUCUCUCUCUCUCUCUCUCUCUCUCUCUGAGGUGUAGGUGGAAGGAUUAGAUCGUUCACACAGUUAUCUCGCAGCUAUCGUCGGGACUGCGACGGCCAGUCGUUUCUCCCGGUACACAAUGUUGUGGAACAUCUCGAUCCUCCUUAUAUCCGAAACACGAAAUCCCUUCCAACAGACGACAAGACUCUCGAGUUACUCCAGUAGAUGUACUUGAUCUAUAUGAAAUAGACAUACUGGUUCGCGUGAUGUCAAAUCAAAACUUUGUCCAUGUGGCCGAAUGAGCCUCGGCUUAUACGGAUGAUGUUUUGUUACUCAAUGUCGCAAUGACAUAAUUAUUAUGUUACAUCGCCAUCGUGAAACACAUACGAUCAUCUACCCCUCGGCAAUGUAUAACUUUGGCUUUGUCGACCGCCUUGAUCGGGUGUACGAUUACAGGUCAACCGGCUCUGUCGAUUGCAACGAGGACCUUGGCGGACCUAUUAAAUAUAUCCUAUUAAAUAUGUGCGACGAAAUAUAUCAGACGAUCGUUUGCCGCAACUUUAGCUUAGUAAUAUGUAAGCAAUUAUACGAGCUUUAUUUUAUAUCUUUAUCGACGUGGGUGAUGUGUAUCUCUCUAGUCGAUUUUUGUGACGAGUGAGCUUUAUCGCUCGAUUAACAUUUAUUCCAGAUUGUUGGAAGUAACAAGAUAUUUCUUGGAGAAAAAUGACAGAGUUUCUACGUUGAUGGGUACACAUUAUCAUCUUCCUUCGUAUAUUAUAUAUUUUCGUGAGCUUAAAAUUCACAUGUGUGAUCAGUUCCACACACGGUAACUUUCAUCAACGUGUCAUCGACAUCGCGUAUACGUCGGGUUACAUCUUGCAAUGUUAGUGCGCACUACAGUCAAUCUACAUAUAAUUCACAUAGUGGUAGAUGUAUAUAUUUUGGUUUCUCCUUGAGAAUAGGAGGGAAGGUUAGCAAGAUACACAGAUGCGAUACUCGCCGCAGGGUGGGGACGGUCAAACUAGAUUGGUAUAAAAUGUAACAUCACUGUGCCGUGCAGCAUGCAGUCAUUCACAACGAGUACUGGAUUAUAUACCUCUGCGGCUGUGAUCGUCAUGACUUACAAAAUUAUCGGCUGCUUCGCCGUCUUACUGGCUGUCGCUCGUGCCGGGAUCAUUGGCUCGAGUGUAGAUGUUGCACAACAGCCAGUUGCAACAGUUAUCAGAGUCCAAGAGUACGAUUCACUUCCUAGAUAUACUUUCGGUUACAGCGUGGCAGAUGGUCUCACUGGUGACAACAAGGCGCAGGCGGAAACUCGUAACGGAGAUAUAGUCCAGGGAAGUUACAGCUUAAUCGAACCUGAUGGUGUUCAUCGUGUUGUUUCCUAUGCGGCGGAUCCCAUCAACGGUUUUAACGCAGUCGUACAGCGGGAUCCUGGCAUCACGGUUAAGACCGCCGCUGUCGCAGAUAUUCCGUUUGCAGCGGUGCGACCUGCUGUCGCAGCAGCACCGUCCGUAAUCGCCGCAGCUGCUGCGCCGGCUACUAUUACAGUUCGUCCGCAGGUGACUGGGUUAGGUGCUCCUUUGGAGAGACAGCCGUUUAUUUCGGGAUCUAGUUUGGCCGCUACGAACGUUAUUGCUACGAAUUCUGGAUUAGUAGAUCUGGGAACAGGUGUGGGUCUUGGAUCUAGAUCUGUAUAUAGUGCGCAGGCUGUCGCUGCGGAUAGUUACGACAGUGGCAGUGCCGUGAAGGUUCACUAAACGAACGAAAUAUGAUACAGUCAGAUUCGGAUUGAUGUUAUCGCUCGGCUUUUUUCUUCGUUACGUACUGGAAAAUACUCUGUCUAUCGUAGCGUGUCGCGGUCUCCGCACGCAUGCGCAUAUCUUGCUACUUUUUUGCUAUCGUUGCGAACUGUUUGAGAAAUUAUACGUUUAAUUAUAUGUAUGGACAUGUUACGAUACCAAGUUGGAGAAUAAGAAACCAUGUUAAUACCCGGUUAAAAGAACGCUGUGUAUAUUAAAAAAUAUAAAU